AUAAUAUUUAAAAUCUGGGACAAAGAACCGUCUGGACGGAACUGCUUCGAUUGCAAAACCUCAGCGCAGCCACCGGAGCGGCCGGCGGGCCGGAGUCUGAAGCAGCCCCUUUAAAACAGCGGAGUACAGUAUUGGGAUUCUUGAAACCUGAAACCUAGAAACAGAAUCGAAGCGGAAACCAGAAGGAAAACCUUGAACUCCUCCAGACAAUUGCUUCCGGGGAGUUUCAGGAGAGCGAGGGGGAAUAAAGGGCCCGAGAGGAGGGCCCCUCGGAUGGCGCGUCCCUGAGGGUCCUGGCGAGUUCGAGGAGCGUGGGAAGGAGAGGACCCUACCCUCUCCCUGGGCUGCAGGUCAUGGCCACCGUGGAGCCGAGAGCCCUUGGCAUUGGCUUCAAGUGGCUCUCUUUGGCCACUUUUGUGCUCAUCUGCGCCGGGCAUGGGGCACGCAGGGAGGAAGGGGGUCCAGCCUGCUACGGUGGAUUUGACCUGUACUUCAUUUUGGACAAAUCAGGAAGUGUGCUGCACCACUGGAAUGAGAUCUAUUACUUCGUGGAACAGUUGGCUCACAAGUUCAUCAGCCCACAGCUAAGAAUGUCCUUUAUUGUCUUCUCUACUCAAGGAACAACCCUAAUGAAGCUAACAGAAGACAGAGAACAGAUUCGUCAAGGCCUCGAAGAACUUCAGAAGGUCCUGCCAGGAGGAGACACUUACAUGCAUGAAGGAUUUGAAAGGGCCAGCGAGCAGAUUUAUUAUGAAAACAGUCAAGGAUACAGGACAGCCAGCGUCAUCAUUGCUCUGACUGAUGGAGAACUCCAAGAACAUCUCUUUUUCUAUUCAGAGAGGGAGGCUAACAGAUCUCGAGACCUUGGAGCAAUUGUUUACUGCGUUGGUGUGAAGGAUUUCAAUGAAACACAGCUGGCCCGGAUUGCGGACAGUAAGGAUCAUGUAUUUCCAGUCAAUGACGGCUUUCAGGCUCUGCAAGGCAUCAUCCACUCAAUUCUGAAGAAGUCCUGCAUUGAAAUUCUAGCAGCUGAACCAUCCACCAUAUGUGCAGGAGAAUCAUUUCAAGUAGUCGUGAGAGGGAAUGGCUUUCGACACGCUCGCAACGUGAACAGGGUCCUCUGCAGCUUCAAGAUCAACGAGUCGGUCACAUUCAAUGAGAAGCCCUUUGCUGUGGAAGAUACUUAUUUGCUGUGUCCAGCACCUAUCUUAAAAGAAGUUGGCAUGAAAGCCGCACUCCAGGUCAGCAUGAAUGAUGGCCUGUCUUUCAUCUCCAGUUCUGUCAUCAUCACCACCACACACUGUUCCGAUGGCUCCAUCCUGGCAAUUGCCCUGCUGAUCCUGUUCCUGCUCCUGGCCCUGGCUCUGCUGUGGUGGUUCUGGCCCCUCUGCUGCACUGUGAUUAUCAAGGAGAUCCCUCCACCCCCUGUUGAGGAAAGUGAGGAGGAAGAUGACGAUGGUCUGCCCAAGAAAAAGUGGCCGACGGUGGAUGCCUCUUAUUAUGGUGGGCGAGGUGUUGGAGGCAUUAAAAGGAUGGAGGUUCGUUGGGGAGAAAAGGGCUCCACAGAAGAAGGUGCUAAGUUGGAAAAGGCAAAGAACGCAAGAGUCAAGAUGCCAGAGCAGGAGUACGAAUUCCCUGAGCCCCGGAACCUCAACAACAACAUGCGGCGGCCCUCCUCCCCCCGGAAGUGGUACUCUCCCAUCAAGGGAAAACUCGAUGCCUUGUGGGUCCUACUAAGGAAAGGAUAUGAUCGCGUGUCCGUGAUGCGUCCGCAGCCGGGAGACACGGGGCGCUGCAUCAACUUCACCAGAGUCAAGAACAAUCAGCCGGCCAAGUACCCCCUCAACAACGCUUACCACACCAGCUCGCCACCUCCUGCCCCCAUCUACACACCCCCACCCCCUGCACCCCACUGCCCUCCCCCACCCCCCAGUGCUCCCACUCCUCCAAUUCCAUCCCCACCUUCCACCCUUCCCCCUCCCCCUCAGGCUCCACCUCCCAACAGGGCACCACCCCCCUCCCGGCCUCCUCCUAGGCCUUCUGUCUAGAACCCAAAGUUCACGCUUUGGGAUCUCUCAAAAACUUUAGGGAGGAGGCUCCUUGGUGGUGUUAGAACAAGUAUUUCCAGUUAAAGGAGGCUUCUGCUUUGGAAAUGAGUGGUGACAAAGCCCACUAAUGUUCACCCACUUUAAAAAUCGGUUUGUCAUGCCAAUAAGCCAACAAUUGUGAUCAGUGGAAAGAAAUCGAAAUUUUGAAACGCUUGAAAACAAACGACGAGGCAAUUGCAGUCGCAAUGAUAGCCAGCCAGCCAUCAGCUCUAGAAGGUUCCAGAGACAGUGAAACUGCUGAGGUGCUCUAAAUGAGAUUGUGUCUCAUGGAGACCAAUAAGAAAUCAUUUCUCUGAGGGUGAAAUGCAGAGUCGGAUAAGAAAUAACAUUGCUGAGUUUCUAAAUGCUGCUUUCCCUCCUCCACUCCAGCUCCAGCCUUUAACUGUGGACCCUUGGCCUAGGAGCCAAGGAAUCCUCGCCCCUAUGCACCACCCAGGAAGGUGGAAACCCCUUGCCUACAAUUUUGGGGAAAGCUUGGAGUAGCCAUUGUGGCAAGAAACUCAACAUCAGACAAAUAUCCAAAAGUGUGUCUUACUGGGAUUUUCAGAGGAGUAAAAACGUGCCAUAUUUUUCUUCCAAAUUCUCCCGGUUUCCAAGUGAGGAAAGAACAGGUGUUUACUGAUGGAAAAGGUAUGUUGCCAUGUUGCUGUGUAAGUGAAAUCGGGUGUGUGCAUUGACAAGGGCCAUACUGAUGGGAGAGUCAGGCAGUUUCUAAAACCCACAGGCCAUCAGCAGCUUGGGGGGCUGGCGUGGGCCUGACAUGGUCCCCUAAAUCAACAGACAACGCAUUGUCGACGAGCAACAAGUUAAUGAUUCAUGUUAAAAAUCAAGAUUGCCUUUGGUUUAAAUCACUCGAGAUAUGAAUAAGUGAUUGAUCCCAUUUUCCAGAGACAAAUGUGAGUUGAUCUUCCCAAAAUAGCACCACUAGCACCUACCACACAAUUUUACUGAUUUUAUUUUUCUUUCUUGGUAAAGUUAUGCACCAGAGACUUCUAGACAGAGUCAAGAGACGAUGGUCCUGACAUACUAGAGAAACUAUCCCCAGGUUCUCUGAUUAACCCCAAAAAGGCACAUAUGUGGACACGAAUAGAUUUCUGUUAUCAUCUGCUGACCCAGACCAGAAAUGCUCUCCUGAAAUUCCCACCGUGCCUGGGCCUCACUCCAUUGCUCCAGGGUUUUCUGAAUCUGCUGUGAGCCCUAUAAGCACUUUCUAAACUUUGGGCCUCAGCACCCAGGGGUGAAAACAGGGCCAUUGUAGAGGGUCUUCUGCACUAGCCUGUUCAAAAUGACCUCCCUCUCCAGCUUUCCACAGGUCUUAAAAUUCCUCUCCCAAACUCCUUAAAUCUUUUCAGGAACAAAGCAGAAUAUAAACUUAGUGCUUUGGGCUCUGGUCUCCAAAGAUCCUUCAAGAAUACAUCAAGCCAGACUCAUUCUUUCACUUUACUUAGAACCAUACGGACCUGGCAUGCAUUCCAUAAGCACCAAUUCUUAGUCACAACAGACAUUGCUAAUCGAUCCCAGCACUCUUUCCCGUGGCGCCCAAUGAUUUCUUCACAAUCCUCAAAUCACAACUCCAAAGAGCCACCACUCAUCAGAACUGAGAGAGAGAGAGAGAUGAGCCCUGUUUGCCAUCCCUAUUUAGAAAACAAAAAGAAACAAGGAUUGCAGGGAGGAAUGGGGAAACCCUUAGGCAUAAAAGGUACAGUCGGGGGGAAAUAGAUCUGGGCACAGUGCCUAGACUACAGGCACUAAAUAUGCAGUGUUAAUGCCAAACUGACACUUCUCCAAACGUGCGGCAGACCCAGCCCUCCUCCCAGCCUGCCGCUUCCGGAGUCUCCCCCAGCCUUCUCCUAGAGCUAAAAUCAGAGAUGGUUUCCAGGACUCAUGAAAGCAACCUCCCUCCCCCCAUCCCCAACCUGGCCUGUAUUGUUUAUUUUUAGAAUACUAGGCUUCUUCUUUAGCAUAGUCCUUCAUGAAGUGGGGGCCAGAAUGUCUCCACCACCUGCAGUAACAUUGCUGGACUCCAGAAGACCAUUCCCUAGAAGAAUGGGUUCCCCAGGCUCACAGUGGGAGAUGUUGAGCCCUUGACAACUGUUUUGACUGCUGGCAGUACAAAACAGUGCACCCCACACCUCUGCCGCAUGACUCACUGCGGCCACGAGAAAGUUCCAGCCAAGAUGCUGACACUGUUGUGAGAAAGGAUGGCAGGCAUCGGGUGCCAACGCAACAUUCGGGAUCUCAGCAGCACGUCAACCAGAAGCCCUGUGCAGUUUCUGAGAUGCUGUUCCAGUGAACUUGUUGAUGAAAUAGGGAACUGCAAAUAUAUGAUGAUUUUGAAGAGGAUUAGCAGGGUUUGUCCUUGAAACGGACUCAUCGUGUCAUCCGUAGUCAUUUAGAAUUACAGUUGAGAAGGAAAAACACAUAUACUGUAUGAACAGGCGCUAUUUUAAUAGUAGGCUAUUACAGGCAGGAAAAUUCUUUAACUGGUUUAUAAAAUCUAUCAGUACUUGUAUCAUUCCCUGUAAAAGGCAGCAGACAUAUGAUUGUGAUCAGGAAACUGCACAAAAUUGUUUUUUAAACCCCCAUGUUAUUGUCUUCGUGAAGUUUUUUUAUAAUAAAACCCAACUUUUUGUUGUAUAUAUUCGUAUUCCAUGUGUUAGAUGGAAGCAUUUCCUACCCAGUGUGAAUAAAAAGAACAGUUGUAGUAAAUUAUUAUAAAGCCAAUGAUAUUUCAUGGCAGGUUAUUCUACCAAGCUGUGCUUGUUGGUUUUUCCCAUGACCGUAUUGCUUUUAUAAAUGUACAAAUAGUUACUGAAUUGACGAGACCCUUGUUUGCACAGCAUUAAUAAGAACCUUGAGGGGUCCCCUCUGUUAAUGACCAGCCCACAGACAGUUCUGGCCUAGAGUUUGGCACAUAUUCCAGUGAGACACAAGGUCUCUCUUUUACCAAGGUCAAGAACAGAGCUAGAGGACAAAUUAAUGAAUAGCCUUGGAUACCUGGCCAUGGGUAACCUCAUUGUAAAUAUUACUAGAAUGAGCAGAGAUGAUCUCAAAAUUUCAUAUACACUAAAGUCAAAACACUGUCAGAUGAGGGAAAACCAUCCAAAAAAAUCAGAUAAUAAUAAUAAUUAUGAGAUAAUGAGCAACCGUUUCAGCCCAAUGCUAACUCAAUAAAAAUAAUUAAUGCUGUGUAAAAUGGGUUGAAUUCGUUUGCAAACUAUAUAAAGAUGUAUGCCGUGAAAUGCCUGUUAAUGCACCAGAUGGGAAUGGGGUGUUCUCAUCAAUUGCCUUUUCUAGUUAUCUGAGCUCUGCUAUAUUAUCAUACUUGGAUAACCAGUUUAAAAGAACUAGAAUAUGAUUUUUAAAAUACAAUUAACAUUAAACUCUUCUUCUAACUCUUUCUUCUUUCUGUGAUAAUUCAGAAAACAGUUAUGGAUCUCCAGUGCUUCUGGGUCAUUGUUAUAAAAAAAUCAGUUAUCGCUGUACCAUGCUGUAGGAGACCAAGCUAAACCUAUACAAUGACAAAC